GACUCUGAUGCUGAUCAUAUCGUCGUAUCGUGUUUACUGGUAAAUACAUCGACAUUACCAAAACAAAAUCAUUACUCUUAAAUAUGGAUUUAGCCAACAAAGUUGCCAUCAUUACAGGUGCAGCCAGAGGCAUAGGUAAAACCCUCGCGACCGGUUUAUUAGCGAAGGGAGUGAAGGUUUGCAUAUCAGAUAUAAAUGAAGAACUGGUAACUUCAACCGGACAGAGUUUGGCAACAACUUACGGUGAACAAAAUGUGAUAUUUGCUGUAUGCGAUGUAAGGAAUGAAGAACAAUUUAAAAAUGUGUUUCAGGUAACCAAGAACAAAUUCAAAAGGGUCGACAUCGUCAUAAACAAUGCUGGAGUAGCAGAUGAGGAAAACUGGGGGAAAGUCGUUGACGUAAACUUGAAAGGAUCUAUACUUGGAACACAACUUGCUGCGGAGGCGUUAAGGAAGGACCGAGGUGGCCAUGGUGGUAUAGUGGUCAACAUGUGCUCCUUAUUAGGUGUCCAACCGUCUUCGAUACUGCCAGUUUAUUCUGCCAGUAAAUAUGGAGUGUUUGGCCUGACGAAAUCUUUUGCGGAAAUGCCGGAGAUGAAAGAAAACGGAGUGAAGUUUACCUGUCUCUGUCCCGGAGCCAUAGAUACCGAAAUGAUCACUGAUAACAUACAGCAGAUGAGGAAAAAGUUCUUCGGUGAUACGAGCCUGAUGAGUACCGAUGUGAUGAGAGAAGCACUCUUCAAGCUUUUAAACGACACCGACAAUAAUGGCGAAGGCCUUAUAGUGAACCAAGUCGAUCCGGAUCAACAUAUGAAAUAUUUCAACAGCAAAUGAAACAAAUAUAUAUUAUAUUAAACCAUAUGAGGAUUCGUCUAUUCGAUUUUUUCUCAAAAAAAAUGUUAAAA